AUGACGCUAACAUGGAAUAUGCAAGAUCCAAAAAUCAAUCUCUACUGGGAUUUUCAGCUUUUGACUGGAGACAGACCCAGUGAGCUGUCCCUCCUGUUAGCAAGUGGGAAUGCCCUGAAAUUAUACCACAAUCUUAUUCCAUACAGGGCAACCAUCAACCAGGCUCUAGGUCCUGAGUUAGGAACAAGGUGGUCAGAUAAAGGACUGAGAGCUGUCCUAUGUGACAAUGGAGACAGUAUAAAGAGGACAAAAUAUUUGACAACUCAUGACCUGCUUCGAGUAGUGGAUGAUAAAUAUGAAAUUAUGCAGCAAAAACUUUACACAGAAAUGCUGGAAGACCACUAUGGUUGCUCCUCAUGGGAGGCCAUGUUAGGAUGGCAACAGGAGAAGAAACUGGUGGAGUUGCAGGCUUUAACAGAACAUGCCUUCAUAAACAAUGACAGUAUCUCUCUUUCAGAGCUGCCAGGAGCCUUUAGACUUUACAGAAGUUCAAACAGACUGGUAUUAUUGGGCUUCCCUGAAAAUGUGGAUUCCUCUAGCAUAUUGGAAUGGACAGCCGUGUACAACCUCAAGGAGCUUCACAAAAACUACCAGGAGGAGAAGGCCUCUCUGAAGAAGAAACUGGCAUUCAACAGCAAAAGCAACUUUGAUGAGUCAGCUUGGACGCUGCUUCACUUUUACCUGCAAGCAACCACCCUGAAGGCAAAAAGGCAAAGGUAUUUCCAGACUGCUGUUUUAGCAUCGCAUCAGUGCUGGGACAAAUGGCCUGAGGUCAAAUCGUCUCACCUAGAAGAGCUGGCUCGACACUGGCUCACGGAAGUCGGUCUGACAAGCUGGGACAAGAGUUUAAAAAAAAAUUCAGACUACUCAAUGCAGCAAACAGCUUUGGAAUCACUAAUGGCCAGGCAAGAAUGGGAAAGGGAAUAUCUUAUAAAGCUACUGCACAGCAUUACCCCCGAGGACCUUCGGAUAUCACAAAAUACAAAACAAGAACAGAACCUUGAGCCUUUCAUAGGACUUUCUAAACUACCUGGAGAUAGUCUAUUGGAAUCUGCAGAUGUCUUCAGAAAAGGGUGUGCCUUGAAGCUGAGAGAAGUUAGGACUGCCCUCGAGGAAACAGCACAGGAAGCAAUGUGGGGAGAUUGUGCUGCCUGUGUAUUGACUGAGCUAAUACAGCAACAAGAACAGGAGCUCAACAGUACAAUGAAGGCUCUGGUAGACAUGGUAGAUAAUGGGGCGUUAAACACUUCAUUAAGUGCUACUAAUCAUUCUGCACCUUGAAAGGCAAUAGUUAAAGUUUAUCAAUUUUAGACACUA